CUGUUUGCGCGCCGCCCAAGAUUCGGGUCGUUCGAUGUGGUUGUGUGCGUGUGUGUGUAUGAUCCUUCACGCGUAGUUCAGAUUGCUGGUAGUUGCCUGGGAACCUUCAGCCCGGUCCGGUGUCCGGUGAAACUAUUGACGAGUGUCACGAGCGUGUGCCCCACUGAUACACCACUAUCGCACCACGUGGGCGCGUAAUACAGUUCGAGCAAAGCCGAGAUAAGGCAAGAAGGGUCGGCAGCCGCUGUGAACUGACUGUCUGUGUGUGACUCAACGCGGAAGCGAUCGCGCUAUUGUUUAUUUCGGCCCUGUAUGCGUGACAUCGACCAGCUAGCCCACAACGCUACACAACGUAACCUGACGCCACGUGCCUAACGCCAGCAGUGCGGGGGGAAACCUGACGUGACGCAGCAGCUAGAACCCAGGGCCCGAGGACCAGAUUUGGCAGAGAACUCCAACCCCGCAACCCCCUCUCUCUCUCCCCCUCCCCCUCCAAUACAUAUCAACACACCAGCCGGUGAGAUGACGCACGGACCACCGGCAAGCCGCAAGCGGCAGCAGCAGCAGAUCGACAGUGAUAUCGAGCAGAGCGUCACCGAGGUGGACCCGAAUGGGUUGCCCACACCGCCGGACGGUGGCUGGGGCUGGAUGGUGGUGUUGGCCUCGUUCAGCAUUCAUAUCAUCACCGACGGUUUGACGUACUCGUUCGGUAUUUUCUACUCCGAGUUCCUGACGUACUUCAACGAAGGUAAAGGCUACACGGCCUGGAUCGCAUCGAUCCUUGUAGGUGUUACACUAUGCUCCGGACCCAUCUCGUCAUCGCUGGUCAACCGGUACGGUUGCCGGGCGGUCACGAUUGCCGGUGCGCUGCUCGCUAGUGCCUCGCUCGCGGUCAGCAUGUACGCGACCAGCGUGUUCAUGCUGUUCAUCACGAUCGGCGUCGGCACCGGGCUCGGGCUGGGACUGAUCUAUCUGCCCGCGAUCGUGAGCGUCACGAUGUACUUCGAAAGACUGAGAUCCCUGGCGACCGGCAUCGCGGUGUGCGGUUCCGGCCUGGGGACGUCGAUCUUCGCCCCGCUGACCGAGGCGCUGAUCAAGAAAUUCCAAUGGCAGGGCGCACUGCUGGCGAUCGCCGGCAUCGUGCUGAUCUGCGUCCUGUUCGGGCUGAUGUUCCGGCCGCUGGUGCACGAACCGGCCAGCCCCGGAAAGGAGCUCCAGGAGCUGCCGCAACAUUCCAGCGCCGAUCCAAGCACCACCAUGAAGCCGACCUCGGGCAACGCUAACGAAAGCAACCUGAAACGCUCCAACAGCCACGGUCAUGUCGAUGCACCGAAAAUAGAUCUCAAUGCGAACGGACACUCGGCAAGUGGCCACAACCUGGACAAGCACACGCGCACCACCCCGGGCGAGGAUGCGAAACGGCUCGGCCUCAGCCAGCCCCUCCUCACGGCACCGGAAAGUGUGCAGCCAGUGCCGCUGAAGCGCACCGAGAGCGGCACCAUGUACCGCAAGGACGCACUCUACACCGGCUCCGUGCACAACAUCGCGUCGCGCCACGCCUCCCAAGCGAACCUGUCCAUCUACGAGAAGGGCAGCUACGGCUCGGUCCAGGGCAACGGGCUGCACCGGCCGCCGGCCGAACCGGACGCCCCGGAGCGCUGCCUCGGGUGCAUACCGUGCUCGCGCGAAACCUGCGACACCUUCCGCGAGAUGAUGAACUUCUCCAUCCUGAAGGAUCCGAUCUUCAUCAUCUUUACCGUGUCGAACUUUCUGACCAGCGUCGGGUUUAACGUGCCGUACGUGUACCUGGCCGCCCAGGCCCAGGUGCUCGGCAUCGGGUCGAAGGACGCGAGCUAUCUGCUCGGCAUCAUCGGCAUCGCCAACACGGUCGGGCGCAUCGUGCUCGGCUACCUGUCCGACAAGCCGUGGGUGAACCGGCUGGCCGUGUACAACUGCUCGCUGGCCGUGUGUGGCAUCGCGACCGCCCUGUCGGUGCUGUGCGUGGACUUUUACUGGCUCGGCGUGUACUCGGCGGUGUACGGCUUCACGAUCGGUGCGUACGUCGGGCUGACGUCCGUCAUUCUGGUCGAUCUGCUCGGGCUGGAGAAGCUGACGAACGCGUUCGGGCUGCUGCUGCUCUUCCAGGGCAUUGCCUCGUUCGUGGGGCCACCGAUCGCAGGCUGGCUGUACGACUACACACUCUCCUACGGUCCCGGAUUCAUCAUGGCCGGCACGACGAUCGCCAUCAGUGGUGCGAUGCUGUUCGCCAUCCCGUCCCUGCAGCGAUAUCUGGCCCGGCGACGAUCCGCCGCCGGUGCCACGGUGGCCAUUCCGUUAGAGUAGACACACCGCGAGCCCUGUUACGGUGUCCUGCCCGAUUUUGUUCAUAGCCUCCGACAGGGUCCGGCGGAUGGAAUUAGUUUGUUUUGCUUACCUCAUUUACUUGCCGCGUACCGAAUAGAGCUUAAGGUCGCGCGUCGUAGCAGCUUAAGGUAGCGCCGCUCAAGAGCGAAGUGCGUGCGGGAGGCAACACAGCCGUCAUCGCGCAGUUUUGAUUACUAUUUGUAAGAACAGUUUUUGUUUCCGUUUUUUUUUUUCGUCUUUUGUCUUGGCUUUUGUUCGAAAUAAAUUUACUUUCUACUAUUAAA